GUCUGCGACACCAGAGUGGUCACGUUUGCCAACUCCACCGCCGCCCGCUAUUUCCUCACCACCAAGAAGAACGAUGGCGACUCCAGGAGCAGCCGUGACGGUGGAGACUCCUCCGUGGCGGUCACCAGAGCUGGAAGCGGACCCGACCUACCCGCGCAGCGUGGUAGAGUGGAGCAAAGACGUGAGAAAGUGGCGCACACGGUAGCAGACGGUAUCCCCAUCCAAGUACUCCAGCUCGGAGCAGAAGUGGACAUGAGGGAUGGCACCGGCACGCGUAGGCACGCCGGCGUCGACAUCUUGCCGUCAAUCUUGCACCCCAAGUUCCCGCCAGAUGCCGAGGCCAGCACGUUGCGGACACGCCUUGAAUUCUUCUAUUUCACCCCGGCUCGGGAUGGCGAUCUCGAAUCCAUGUUUCUGCGCUUCGACAUGCUCCUGGACCGCGCAAACAGCGCCGCCGAGCUCGGGGCCAGCGUCCCGUUCCGCACCUGGGCGCCUUUGAGUUUGCUGCGGCUCCUUCCCGAAA